CAUCAAGUCUUAUAUUUUUUUCUUACUUUUCUCAGGGCAAUCCAGGAGUCCCUGUCCAUCUCACUGGUCAGCAGAGAGGGAGAAGACAUGGCCGACCCCAGCCAGCCCUCCUCCGUCUCCCCACUGGACCCCACCGCCAACUCCCCACUCUCCUACAGCGCAGUGACCGAUCCGCGGCUGUCGGGACAGUUUGGUGUGGCGUCGAGCUUCGACGAGCAGCUGCGUAUGGCCAUGGAGCUGUCGUGCCGGGAGCAGGAGGAGAUGGACAGGCAGCAGAAGGAGGAAGAGGAGGAGCUAGAGAGGAUCCUGCAGCUGUCACUCACCGAGAAGCUGCUACAACAGAGUGUAAAGGACCAGAAUAUAAGAAGUGUGAGUGAAACGCAGGCGGGAGGUGGAAACAGGUACUCUUAAACACACUACAGUGAAGGAGGAGACAAAAGGGAGAGUUUUCUCUUUUCUUUUUUUAUUGAACAUUUUUCACAGUCUUGCUGUCUUUAUCAAGUGAUGAAUGAUCCUUAAACUUUAAUCCUACAGUAUAACAUGCUCCAUGAUAAUGAUGAAAAUUAAGAAAGUACAGUCUUAAUGGAAUAACUUAAUAUAAAAAUAUGAUUAUAACAUUUGAAACAUUAUGUUGGCUUACUGCUAUGUGUGAAAAAUAAAGAGUAAUGAUCA